AUGGAAAAAUACAUAAGUUCUAACAUGUGCGGGGCAAAUGAUGGUAAGUGCUGUCAAUACUAUAUUAUUGGUUUUCUUUUUUCAGGUAAGGCUGAUGCACCAAUUACAAUUGAUGAUAACCAAGGAAAAGAAGUAAUGCAACAAAAUAAUAGAAAUGUUCAGGAAAAUAUUACAAUGGAAGCCUCAAUUACUGCCUCCGAAAUACAAGAAGUGCGCGCAUUUAUUAUUGAACAAAGAAAGAAAAAAGAAGCCGCCGAGGCACGCCGAAAGCGUUCACUUGAGAAAUCAACGUCUACUUUAAAUUCUUUGUCGUCGUCGAGUAAGACUCCAACAGCAAAAAAAGCGCAAAUUAAGUCUCAAACAAAAAAAUCAUCUGGAGUUAAUCGAAACGCCUUUGAUACAGUAAUUAAGACAAUUGUUGAACGUGAAAUGAGUCGUAAUGCUACGAAAAAUAAAGAAAAUUCUAAAGGUUUAGACAUUGAUUCAGAGGAUAUUAUUGAUGAACUUAUGGACUAUGAUGAGGAGGAGGAUGAAUCAGACGAUCCAGAUCCUAAUGCAAUAAUUUCUUUAGGCGAGGAUGAAGAAGAAUACAAGCGAAAGCGAACAGAACUUCCUGAGGCAUUACUUAAGCGUGCACAGGUGCUUAAAGAACCUCGUCAAGGAAUUUUCAUCCACCAGUGCAACGAUUGCAGAGAAAACCAGAAAAAACGACAAAAAUUUCUUUACAAUGCAGGAAGUGCUAUAUAUUCUCUGCUUACAUUCGAAUUAUGUGCAGAGGACCUGGACAAAAAUAUUAACCUAGGAGUGUAUUAUGCUGGUUGUUGGGCUGCUGGAGUGUUAUACUUUCAAUGUUGUACAAACAUUGCUACAGGGACUGAUUAUAAGCUAUUGAGCUUAUUGAAAUAUUGUUGGAUUUUGCAUCAGUGCGAUAAAUGUAUCAGUUUUCAAAGGUCCUUAGCUAAUGACAUGUUCUUGCAAAAAUGUGGGGAAAAAUACGAGCUGCGUUUCAUAGUUGAUUUUCAAAGAAUUUUUUAA